AAAUACCGUUGUUCCGAAAGUAGCUUGACCUUGACGACGUGUUUCUAGUCUGCGUUAUCGCUAUGCCAGAUGAAAUAGAUGAUUCCCUUUACAGUCGCCAAAGAUGUGUCCUAGGCGAUAAUGCUAUGCAGAAAAUGUCUAAAUCCCGAGUAUUUUUGCUUGGACUUGGAGGUGUUGGUAUAGAAAUAGCCAAAAAUUUAAUACUUGCUGGAAUUGGUGAAAUUGUUAUCCAGGACUACUCCUUUUGCACUCAGGAGGACUUGGGAACCCAAUUUUACGUUCAAGAGUCAGAUGUAAUCGCUGCAAAAACCAGGGCCCAAGCAAGCCUCGGUCAACUCUCUACUUUGAAUCCAUAUGUUCAAAUCACUGUGGCGUCAAAUGAUGUGACAAAAAUUCGUUGCCCAUUAUCUGAUCCAGAAAACAAAAACAUUCUCAAACCACUAGUGGACGAAGAUUCAUCCACUAGAGUUGAUUGUUUAAUACUCACUCAAUGUUCAAUUCAUCAGGCUACAUUGUUAAAUCUAUUCUGUAGAAUACAUAAUAUUAAGUUUAUUUAUACAGACGUAUAUGGAGUAUUUGGAAACCUCUUUUGUGAUUUUGGUUCGAAGUUCACUGUUUCAAUACCAGACGAUGAACCAGCUAAAGAGCUUUUUAUUGGACAAAUUGAAAAAUUGAAAAGCGGGGAAUUGUUGGUCAAAAUGUUAAAUGAUCACCGACAUCAUUUAGACGAUGGUGAUAUUAUUCGGUUUACUGAACUUGAAAAACUACCGCAGCUAAGCGGCAAGGAAUUUUCUGUAAAAGUGAAAUCACCUACAGAAUUAAUCAUUACAAGCGGCUUACAGUGUGACCAGUUUCCUUACUCCUUGGAUGGUAUUGCAAUCCAAGUGAAAAAACCACAGGAACACACUUUUAAAACUAUGAUAGAAGAAAUCAAAGAUCCAAGGCUCACCUGUGUGGAUUGGAGUGAACCAGAAGAAAGUAAAUUACUCCACCUCAUCUACCUAACAUUAACGAAGUUUAAAUUAGAAACUGGUCGUUAUCCUAAACCAUGGGAUGAUGAUGACUGGAAAAUAUUUCGUGAUCAAAUGUACACCUUGCAGAAAUUACAUUUGAUGAAUGAUGUUAAAAUUGAUGAGUCUUUAGCUAAACGUUUAUCUUCUGCUAGUCAGGGACAGUUAGCUCCAUUGUGUGCUGUUUUUGGUGGUAUAGCUGCACAAGAAGCAAUGAAGGCUGUAACAUCAACAUUUACACCGUUUAAUCAAUGGUUAUACCUUCAGUGUGCCUCUAUCGUACCAACGGAAAUGGAUACCAAGUCUGUCGAUUUUGAAAGUUUGAUUUCAAGUCGUUAUGCUGCUCUAGUUAAAUGCAUUGGUACUUCACAUCUGCGAAGAAUUCGUAAUUUGAGUAUUUUUAUGGUUGGUUGUGGUGCAAUUGGCUGUGAGUUAUUAAAGAAUUUAGCCUUGCUAGGCGUAGCAAGUGCUCAUCCGGAUGAUGCCUAUUCAUUGUCAGACACUGAUCGUCAUCUUCAACAGCAAAACCAGUGUCAGUCAAGGAAACGAGCGAUAUCUGCAAAAAAAUGUGUUGCUUCAUCAGAUCCUGAAAAGAAUGAUAAUAAUAAUAAUCAUAGAAGCGAUGUGGUUAUAUCAGAAUCGGUGGAAGUCCAAUGUCUACAUAGUAGUGAUAAUUGCAGUGGUACACCAAAAAAAGUAAAGGAUAAUUUGUCCAAUUAUACAACUAUUUCCGCACUCAUAAAACCAGUGGACACUGCAAUGAAAGGUGAAGCUGAAGAUCAGAAUACUAAUGAUUACCCUGCUGAAGAUGAAGAAAACUCAUUUCACCCGAGUACUACUAUUAGUAUUAGCAGUUUUACUUCACUGGCAGAUGAAGUUGUAAAAACCAAUUCUAUUUCAACUUUUGGCAAUACUAUUAACAAUCAUCCGAAUAUUAUUGUCACUGAUCCAGAUCAUAUUGAAAAGUCGAAUUUGAAUCGACAAUUUUUCUUCCAUUCAUGUCAUAUUGGUUUAUCAAAGAGUCAAGUUGCAUGUGAUGCUGUCAAACGGAUUAAUUCGCAUAUAUCAAUUCAUGCUAUGUGUAAUAAAUUUUGGCCAGAUACAGAAAAAUCAGUUUUCACUGACGAAUUCUUAGUAAAAGCAAUUAACAAGUCUACUUUAUCAAAUGUUCAACCCAGUGGUGUUGUUUUAGCCGCUUUAGACUGUAUAGCUACACGUCGUUACUUAGAUUCACGAUGUGUAACCCUACACUUACCAUUAUUUGAAUCUGGAACAUUAGGCACUAAAGGUCAUGUACAAGUGAUUCUACCAAAUCUAACUGAAUCAUAUAAUAGUCAAAGAGAUGAUCAUAAUGACGUGAAUAGUGGUAGUAAUGGAAGUACAGAGAGUCAAUUGAAUUCAAUACCAUAUUGUACAUUGAAAUCAUUUCCUACACAACCUGUUCAUUGUAUUGAAUGGGCACGUGAAAAAUUUGCAAGCCAAUUCACGUUGAAACCGUUGAAAUUAAAAGGAUUUCUACAAACCUGGAAUAUUGAUCAACAGGAAAAUCAAACAUGUCAUCCAAUUAUAUCAGAUUUGACAUUUUUAAUGGAUAUAUGCAAGGAAAGUGUAAGUGGGGUUACUACUACUACUACUGCUAACAGUAACAAUGAAAUUGUUACAAGCAGAAUUUAUGCAAAUGAUAAAGUGUUAAUGAACAAAUGGAUUGAAAGAAUAAAUCUACUCCAAGAUCAACUCAGUCCAAAUGUUGAACGUUUUUUAUGCUCUCGCCCGUCUACCUGGCAUCGGUGUUUAUGCAUAGCUAGAGAUAAAUUUGAAUACUACUUUAAUCACAAGGCGCGUCAAUUGUUACAUUCCUUCCCAAUCGAUACAAAGUUAUCAGAUGGAACACCUUUUUGGCAAUUCCCUAAACGACCACCGAAACCAGUAGAAUUUUCGCCAGCAGAUCCUCUACAUCAAACAUUUAUCAUUAGUUAUGCACGUCUAUUGGCCGAUCAGUUGUCUAUUGAAGUGCCACAAUCAGUAUUCCCCUUCUUCUCUACGUCUUCAACUUCGUCAAUCUCUUCAUGUUCACAGAAUGAAUCCUUUUCAAUGACCAGCUAUCUUGAAGAACAACUAGCCAGUCAUGCUCCACCAGUAUUCACUCCAUCACAGAAACACAUUGUUAUCGAUGAAAAUGAAAUAAAACCUUCAACAACCACGACCACAGCAACAUCUGCUAUCAAUGAUUCUGUAAUGUCAGCAAGAAGAAUUGUCUUUAAUAAUCCUUGUUUCACUGAUUCAGAGAUGAAACCAGAAAUUUAUUUGAAUGAAAUGUUCCUGAGGAUGUGUUCAGAUAUUCUAGAGGCUUUAAGUCAAUCAGAUAAAUGUAAAGCUGUUUUAAACUGCCGAUCAAUAAAUUUUGAAAAAGAUGAUGACAAUUUGGCACAUGUUGAUUUCAUUACAUCAGCUGCAAAUCUACGUGCAGUGAUGUACAGUCUACAGACAACACCUCGUCAUACUGUUAAACGUAUCGCUGGUCGCAUUGUACCAGCGAUUGCAACGACAACAGCCACUGUUUCAGGAUUAGUUUGCUUAGAAUUAUUAAAGUAUAUAUUAAACACUAAUACUGCUACUACUAAUAAUAAUAUACAGAGUGAUUCGUCUACCCAGUGUGACACAAUGCCGAUCACCACCUCCUCCAACAUCAGAACCACCGCUGAAACAACAACAACAACGACUAAGACAUCAGAUGACUGUGAAAAAUACCUUAAUCAGUUACAGGCUAGAAAUAGCUUUCUUAAUCUAGCCUUACCAAUUCUUGUUUUCAGUCAACCAGGAGUAUGUCGGUAUACGCGUCUACCAAAUGGUAGAAGUUUCAGUCUCUGGGAUCAUUGGUGUAUUGAUCCAUGGAAGUCGGUGGAUAACUAUUUGUUAAGUGAUUUUAUUGAGCAAAUUAAGUGUGAAUACAAUCUUGUGGUCAGUCUGAUCACUCAAGGCAACAGAAUGAUUUAUAUGAAUUACUUUCCAAUGCAUAAGUCACGUUUAAAUAAAGUGUAAGUUUAACGAAAAGUGCUAGGGUGAGGGAGAGAGAGAGAGACAAUAAGUAAGAAUUUAUAGAAUCCAGUAUAAAUGAAUACUUCAUUAUAUUCGUUUGUUUAAUUAUUUUUAAACAGCAGAAGGCAAGACACGGAAGCCAAGGUAAAUUUUUUUAUUAGUCAAACGGCUUUACAUAUAAUAUAUAUAUCUACAGUUUAUAUUCGUUAAGCUAUCACUGAGCGUGUGAUUUCGGUUUACGUCAAACGAUAUGAAAUAGAAUGUUCACAUAUACAUAGCGUAUUCUGUUGCCAAUGCUGUAUUGAACUGUGGGAAUAACAUUCCGACUCUAACAUCAAAUGGAAUGUUCAAAUAGAUAUAUUGUAUUCUAUUGCUAAUGCCGAUUGAACUGUGAGAAUAUGUGAGAAUAAUAUUCCGUUGGCACACAUUGUCUGUACCACACCACCACAAUUGAUCUAUUCUCAUAUUUUUGCAAUAUUUCUUUAAUUGAAUGAUCUAUUGUUUGUUUGUAUGUGUGUGGGGCUUGUUCCGCCCUCUUUGUUUCCGUAGUAGACUAUUUGUCUCAUAAUAAUUGCGUGAAUAUAUUACGAUGUGGCGUGACCACUAGUCAGGGUCAUCCGUAGCGAGUAUUUGUCCUCGCACCCGAUCUGCCGUGCUCCAUUGGUCAUGACUUCUCACUAGAACCCAGGUAACUACUUACUUGAAUAGAGCCAAUCGCUAGUAUGCAUCAGAUUGAUAUUCAAGUGUUGGUUUGCAUGGAUUUGAUUGGCUACAGGAUUUCAUCAUGAGCUGACAUGUGUUGUAGAAUCACUGCAAAGCAAAGAUGGAGUACUGGACAACUAUUUCAUCCUACUUUGGCAGGAGCUGGAAUUCAGGGGCCAUUGGAUCGGAUCCCAGUACUGGCUUAACGAUCUACGAGCUCGCCUUCUGACUGGAAGUUUCUGGGUAAGGACCCCCUGUAGUGCGUGAGCACUGUGAAGAGUCCCAAUAAAGAUUGGUUCAUUAAUUCGUUCCAGUUGCUGUGAUGAAUUUUUUUCACAAGCCAGAAUCACAUUUAGUGCACCACUGGAAAUGAUGGGACACCAGAUGCUUGUUUCGUUCUAGUCUGUAACUUUUUAGCAAUAUGCACUCAUGAUCCCAAGCAGGGAUCGAACCCCAUGGCACUUAACUAAUCAGUUGAAUGUAUCAGAAUCAUAACGGUCUUGAAUACUAACUUCUGUCAUUUUGGUAACAUAGUGUUAUGAAACGGCUGAAUGCCUUCAAGCUAGGAGCAGACAGCUGUACAGUGUCAUUUGCCCCCGUUGUGUUCAUUUCGAAACCCGAUCCAAUCCUAACCCCUACUCUCCCUACAAUGUUCUCCCUUCAUUUUCUGUAAAAAUGCCUAUCAGUUUGGUUCAGAUCCAUUCCGAAAAAAUGCUUGCAAGAGUACAGAUUACUGUUUAAAUUUAUUGACUGGAUAAUAAAACAAAAUAUAAAAUGUAGACUAAAUAUUCUGAUAUAUUCUAUUGAAUGCCUCAUUCAGUAGGCCAUUGAUUUAAAACGGCCGCCAAAAUUGAUACAAUUUAAACUAUGAGAAAAAAAUUAACGUGUGAUAUGAAUAAAUAUUCACAUAGAUUAUUAGUAAAGAGACAGAACUUUUUGUAAUUAUUUUAUUUUUUUAACAAAGUUAGAAAGUUGAAAAUAUUAUCUAUAUAAUAUUAUUAUUUUAAAAAAUGUCAAAUGGUAUCAUAAGUUAGUGACACUCGAGAAAAGCUUCGAUAUGUGAUUGUUUAUGUCAAAACAUAGAAAAUGGUAAAUCGUUAAAAAAUAAUUAAUCUGAUAGUCGUCUUAAUUGGUGAAUAAUGUUUAUGAAUGAUUAUUUGAAGGUUAACUGGCCCGCAAACAGAUACAUUACUUACAAACAGUAAAGCAUCUUUUUCUAAAUUAUCACUAGUCGUACAGGAGGUCUGGAUUAGAUUCCUGGUUUUGUUAGCCGAUAGCAGACCCAGAAAAGGUAGGAGGUUGGACGUAAGCACAUAACAGCCGCAUCCCGUAAAAACCAAAUAACAUCAACACCUCUAUUGAAAAUUUUAAAGCUUGAACCCCUAUCUUCUCUAUUGGGACUGCAAGGAUUGGAAAUAGCUUAGGCUUAAGGCCAUUGUAGUAAUAAGGGUUAUUUAGAAAACUGUUCUGUCCACAGAGUAUAGUGGUAAGGACCUCGGAGAUGUGUGUUGGAUAAGGUGUGAUCUAGAAGAACAGUGUACUCAAGAGUUAGGGGAUUGCUCGACUAACUGUGUAUUUCCUUCGAUAACCAGUAAAUAUGCGAAAAAGACCUCUUGUGAAUUGUGUGUACGUGUGUGUAUGUUUAUAGAUUUUUGUUUCCGACGUUUCUACGAGAGCUGAUUCACAACUCCUUAAUUAAAUGUGAAUCAGUUAACUCAUUCUGUCAGCUUACCUCCCGUGUUUAAAUCAGGAUUCACAAUAAAUCAGUCCUGUAGCAUUAUCUCACAAGUUAACGCAUUCUGAGCAUAUUCAGAUUUAAAUAAAACAAUGACAAAGUGGAUCUAUUUUAUUUCGUCAAUAUCUUGUCAACUAUAUACAAACUGAAUAAUGAAAGUUUUUUUAACAGGGGGUGAAUAUAUGUUAUCGCCAAAACAUAUUUACCACUGUUAUGUAUUUGCCUGCGUGUGAAUGAACAGAACGGAGGCGAUCAAUUACAAUUUGAAUUACCUCGGCUACUUGAUCUUAUGUGAUUUUGCAUUUUAUAUGCUUAGAGAUAUACUCUAAUCAUAUUAGAUGUUACAUUUAGCUCUUCUAAAGGAGAUUAAUGAACUAUGUUUUACACAGCUGGAAUAUUUGUUCUGUAGUUCGUUAUAGUAUGCGCGGAAACAUUAUCUCCAGUCAGUUUGUAGUUUUACUACGUUUUAAACAAACAUAUUUUCAUUAUUAGUUUUGUAGGGAUUUUUUUUAUAUUGGUUGGAGGAUUUCAUCAUGAGGUGACAUCAGUUAAAGAACCACUGGAAAACCUGGGAUUACUGGACAGCUGUUUCGUCCUAGUUUGGGAUUCCCCAUCAGUACGCACCCACCGCCAGGGUUCAAACUCAGGACCUCCUGGUUACAAGACCAGCUAGCUCGUAGACGAUUAAACUAGUGGGACUUCUGCCGAUUCACGACACAGGGCAACCAUUAGCCAUUGUCAUCGGCGGCGAGUAUCUGUCUUCACGCUAGACCUGCUGUACCCUACUGGUCACAGCUUCCCACUAGAACCCUAGAUAACCGAUUGAAUAGGGCCAGUCGUUGGUGAGGAUCAGAUCAAUUUUCAAGUGUUGGUUUUGUAGAGAUUUCGGUCUACGAGCUCGCCUUGUUACCAGAUGUUCCUGGAUACGAACACGGGAAGUGGGUGGGCACUGCUGACGAAGAAUCCCACACUAUGACGAAACAACUGUCCAGUACUCCCUGAUUUUUGGCGAUUUUCUAACUGAAGUCACUUCUUGACCAAGCGCAUAUAUAUAUAUAUAAACUUGUUCCUUACUGCUUUAUUUCUUGAUUCCUAAUGUACUUUAGAUUUACAAGUCUGUUGAACUAUUCUACAAUGGAUAAACAUGUCGAUUUGAUGGUUGCUUAUGAGGCCAAUAGCUCGCAUGGUGACUAUAACAGUAGCAACUUUGAUAAUAAUGAUUAUAUUCAAGGUCCAACAAUACGUUUCAGAUUACAUGAUCAACUGUGAGAUUUCCGCUUUGAAUUUAUUGAUUAAUAAUACUCGUGUAUCUUGCUUUGUGUGCUGCACAUCGGUGCAAAAUUCUAUGUCGAAACCAGUCAGUCAAUACAUGUUUAUACAUUUA